AUGGCAACACUGGAUAACAAUUCUUUUUGGGACUUUAAAGGAAUAGAAGAAUACAAUGAUGGAAAACUCCUUAUUCGCACGCCAUACCCCGUUGCCUUCAUACUGAUCUCUUAUCUAUGGUUUGUGCUGAAAAUUGGCCCCAACUACAUGAAGAAUCGACCUCCUUUCAACCUCCGGAACUUGCUCGUGGCGUACAACGCUUUCCAAGUAGUCAUCACCUUCAUAACUUUUACUAUGGGUAUACGAGCUCUGUGGAACGUUGGACUCUGGCAUACAAAGUGCUACGUGGAUGAAGAUCUAGAAAAGAGACUACUGCUCGUAGACGGAUCCCACUACUACUUCUUAACAAAAAUCAUAGAACUUAUAGACACAGUCUUCUUUGUUCUUCGCAAGAAGCAACGUCAAGUUACCUUCCUCCACGUAUAUCACCACACUAUCAUGGUGGUGGCCACUUGGCUUAUCACCAAAUAUUCCAGAACCGAUGCAACUAUUUUCUUAGGUGCAAUUCUGUCUCAUGUUCAUCCACGUCGUGGUGAGCCACUACAUCUCCGAGUGCCGUCCAGCCUACUACCUCGUGUCUUCCGUCUGCUUCAAUACAAUCCUCUUCAUUUAUCUCUUUGGGGACUUCUACGUCAAGUCUUAUAUGAAGAAGCGCAGAGCCAGAGACAUUGCGAACGCUGGAAAGAUGAUUAG